CAAAAUGGCCGCGCCCACUUAAAGUUAUUUUGUCAAUGAUUGUAUAUUGUGAAACUUGUUUCACCUGUCAUAUAUAUAUAUAUUCUCUGUAUAUAGAAAUGGUGAACCGUUUUGUAGUAGUGUGAAUCAGUAGUGUUUGCAGUAUUUUCACGGAUUGCCGAUAGAAGCUGUUUUGCGGUUUGUUUGGCCUGGUAUACGACGUGGCACCGCCAGCUGCGACCACUACUCUAUGAUGUGAUUUGCCGACAUUUCCACGUCAACGCGUGAUGACGGUCAGUUCGACGUGAUUUGCCAACAUAAAAGGAACAUGGCUUGGGCUGGUUUCACCGAUGACCAGCUCCGACAAUUAAAAACACCAGGAGCAGAAGAUGAUGAGGGAUACGUAACAAAACAAAACAGAGCAAUGGCAUUGGCAGCGAAGAAACGACAACAACAACACAGGGAAAGACUGCUACAAGCCCAAAGACAGAGACAACUUCAGAUGAACAAACAUAUAAAUGAUGACCAGAAACUCUCAGUUCCAAAGAAACCUAAAGCAAACCAAGUGCAGCAGAGCCAGGUGAAUAAGAAACCACAAUCUGAGAGAAAGGUUCGUUUUGAAGAGGACGGUCGGGGUGACGGUAUUCAAGAAACAGAGGUGAAUAAUGAAGCUUCAGAAGAACAUGAAGAAAAGAAGGAAAUUAUCGAGUUUGAUGAAAAAGAAGUGCUGAGCCGAGAACUUUCCAACUUUGAGAAAAAACAGAAACAACAGAAGGAAAUGGAAGAAGCAAAUAUAAGAAAAAAAACCAUGCUUGCAAAAGCUAUUGCUGAUAGGAAAAAGAGGGCCGAAGCAGAGACGAGAAAACUGAAAGAAGUGCAGAGAGAGUUGGGAAAAAUUGAUGGUUUGAUAAGUAAAGAUGUGGCCAUGCUGAGAAAUAAAAUAGAAGAUGCCAGUCGAGACUAUGUUGAAGCACAGAGAAGACUUGAAAAAGCUGAAGCUGAGUUUAUUGCUGCCAAAAUAGACUUGAAUGAAAAAACUGAUGUUAAAGAUAAACUUGUCGAUCAUCUAUAUGCAAUAAUACAAGAAAAUGAAGAAAGGAAAGCAAAGAAAUUGGAGGAAUUAACUGUUAAACUAGAGGUUGAAGACUUGGAAGAAUACAGUGAGAAACAUGAUGCAGCUAUUCAGAUUAGCGAGACUGUAGUUCAGACACAGCCAGCAUCUACUACAUCAACAGCCACAGAUUCAGACGUGGAGAAAAAAGAAUCAGAGUCUAAAAAUGAAACAACACAAUCGCCACCACCCCCAACAGAGGAGAAACCGAAUACCACUCGAACAGAAGCAGAUUCAUCAAAGGUAGAAGCGAAGGAAUCAGUGACUACAAAUGUAACGACUGAAUCAACAGACAUGAACAGUGAAAAAGAGAUUAAAUCUGAGGCUGUAUGUAGUAGCAGUUGACUUGAGAUCAAUAAAGCGCCUAAUCCAGAUACUUUCUAGGGCAUAAUCUUGAUGACUUUUUACAAGGAUUCUGCUUCCUACACUCAUCAUAGACCUAUAUUUCAGAACAAGAUGAGUCUCCAACAUUCAAGUAACAAGAUUGACAUGUC